CUUUCUUUUGACAAAAGGAUGAAGUCUCUAUCUGUCAGGGAAGCCGAGAUAUUGCAAAAUAAAAAAGGUCUUCAACUUUUGAACAGCACUUUUUAUAUAAAAAUUAAACCGGUCCUGAAAGGGUUAAUACUAAAAAAUCGGUUAUCAGGUAGAUUUUAAUUCUUUUCAGAACUCUUAAGCAUGCGUUUCACUUUCAAAUCGAAAGUUCUACAUUAACAAACAUUGCAGAUCUACUCGAAUUUAUUUAGGUAUUUAUCAUUAUCAAUUUAAAGUUAUAACAAAGUCUUGGUUUGAAGCUGAGCCUGAUCCAGCACUACCGGUCUAUCAUCGAGAUGAAACAAAAAAAGAAAAUGAAAAAAUGGAGAAAGAAGAACUUGAAAAUUACGAAAGAUUAUUAAACGAAGUACGUGAAAGAAAUAAGCAACGUGAAGGAGAAGCAACAUACACCGAACUAUGGUACACAUUUGUCGAUCCAUAUGCAGUGGAUGUUGAUGAACGAGGAUCAGAUGAUGCACAUAAAGCUGUGGGCGUAUUAACAUUUAAAAAUGGUCAACGAAUUAUUGACGAAUAUCAAUGGAAAUAUGAUGGUGUUGCACCAUUAGUUGAAAAUGAAAAAUUGAUUAUUUAUGAAAUUCAUAUCGGUGAUUUUCAAUCACAAUUCAAAGAUGUUAUAGCAAAAAUGGAUUAUUUUCUUCAGUUAGGCAUUACAGCAGGCAAGAAAACAUAA